CAGGGAACUGUUAGUGAUUCUUUCGGCCUAACGAGCGAACCGUUUGUUGAGGUACGUGAAGAGCACAGACGCCCAUUCUAAAAUGCAGAAAUAUGCGUUGCUUAUUCUCUUUCAUGUAGGAAUUUUAUUGGAAAGAAAUGUAUCAUGCUCUCAAGAGGACUGGGAUACCUAUGGCCACCCUGGACGUGGCCAAGAGUCAUUCAGAAAUGGAGGAGGGGAAGAUGGUAGGCCGCAGCCAUCUUGGCCAUGGGAGGAUGCUUUGAAGAAGCUCGGUGUAGAAGAAACUCUAGAUCUUUUGAGGUCCAGUAUCCAGAAAAGCUGGCAGAGAGCAAUUCGUUACGAUGAAUUUACUCGAGAUUGGAAAAACUUGAAAUCUCAGCCAUUGAAUCCAUUUGUCAUAAUUUCUUUUAUUAAAAACACAACAUUGCCUGCUGUAUGUAGAGCUAGCUUGCACGUUAAAGAAGGCUGGCUGAUUAUAGACCGACAUAUUAUGGCAUUCACCAGAAAAAAAUGUGGCAAUCUUCUGGGUGAAGGAGCCCCCUGGCACCCAUGGAAUAUCAUAAAGCAAGACAAGGAAACAAUAUCAUUUGUAAUUUUUGUUUAUGCUGUUGCUCUGUCGCUGAUUCUCAUACGGCUCUGCAGCUUUUGGAACUUUGUCAGCUUUGGAGCAGUUGGAUACACUUCUUAUAUCCUUGGAGGACCAAAAUUCUGCUUUAGAUGGCUUGUUCUCAUGACUGGUGCAUUCUGGUAUGUAUUUGAAAUCGUCUUAACCUACCCAUUACAGUCAGCACUAGUCAUAAUUGCAUGGUGUUUUUGGUCUUACAUUGUUUCAUUGCUGAAAGGAGUCACAGGCUCAAACAGUGAGCAUUCAUUUGGUAAAAUAAACUUGGCCAUGACACAGCAGAGAAUUGAAAAUCGCAUUGAUGAUAUGGAAAACAGGCUAGAAGAGAUACAUAGAAUUGUCACCAGGCUGGGGACAGAACAGAAAUCAUAGCUGAUCAGCUUUAGCUUUUUAAACAGCUUUUUCAUCAAAUGGGGAAUCAAGGAAUCAUAUUCAUGGUGGACAUUGUAUUAUCGAGUGGUAGGGCAUGCACAGUGUGUUUUAUAAGAUUGUUGUUGAGCA